AUGGACCGUUACGGUAAUCAGAACAAUGGCAACCCGAGAUGGCACAGGGAAGAACAAUCAGAAGAGCAGAACACUCAGUUUGGUAUUCAAAAUCCGAGCAACUUUGAAACAAACUCAAUAGGCGGUUUGCAAUACCCUCACGACCAAGGACUGACCUCACUCUCCCAAGGACACAUUCAGCUAUUUGGGAACCCUGGUCAUCAAACUCCUGUUUCCUCUGCUAUCAAUCCGAAUCGGCUGGAUUUAUAUCACCAUGACCCUUCAACCCAUAUGCAAGCUACCAGCAGCAACCUCCCAAUACAUCCAAGCAACCAGACAACGAUGAACACUUCCUGGCCUUCUAGUCAGGAAUUUUUCCAUAAUCAGACCUUCACAGGGCAGGCUCGCACACAAAACAACCAUCAGGCAAUAUCCACUCUGCCCAUAUUGCACGGACCAUUUUACAACCCGCCCCCUAGCAACCAACCCAAUAAUCACAAUAGCCAUACAAGAUUGGACAGCGAGUUUGAUGCUCCACAGCAAACUGCAGGUGUAUCUCCUUCUCGAGUCGACACGCGCAAUUCUUCCGAACCUGAAGAAGAAUCCGAACGCGAGUACAUUGAUCCGGGUACCAGUCGGCCACUUCGCGAUUUCUUGCCACACGAAAGAGUUCUCCUCCAAACCUUUUACUUGAUAAGAAAUCCAACUGCUCCCACACCGACGUUCCACCAGGCAAUGUUGUGGUGGCUCGAUUUGCCCACUAGGGGAUAUGACGAGUGGAAUAGGUUUGUUCUUUCCAGGCAGAGCAGGCUGGAAGCCAAGGAUAGAGCCGAAGCUGUGAAGAAACAUGUAAACCAGCUGUGGGCUAUCAAGCAAAAGGCAGUGGCGAUGGCAAGGAGCCUCCACAGAGGCAGCGAACACGGUAAAGUGGGCAGAAAAGUCGGAAGCAAGAACAAGCCGAAGACUGAUGCUCCAGUCAAAGGCUCCCGUGUGAGCAAGAGUACCAAUCCGAAAAAGACUACAGCUAAGAAGAGACAGAAGCAGCCUAUUUCUGAACCCUCGGACGAAGGGAAAGAUCAAGUUGAGGGAGCGAGCAAUGAAAAUUUCGAGGAGAAGCAAGAAUAUAGGGAUGGAAUGGGAUCUGCAUAUGGAUCUGGCUUGGAGUCGGAGGACGAGCACAAUUGA